GAUUGUAACGGUGCUGGACCAAGCCUGAAAAGAUGAGGCGAAGUAGAGGCUUGACGCCGUGGGUGGAAUGGCUCAGGGCUUUCACGGUCAUCCUCGCUACGGCUUCAGUCUUAGCCCAAGAGCUUGGGAAUAAUGAAGAUGGAGGCGGAACAACAGGCGGGCCUCAAACACCACAGCGGGCCAACGCAUUGUCGCUCUUCGUUUACUUAGCGACCUCGCUCACAGCCAUCAUAAGCUCCAUCAGCAUCCUGCUAGGUCUGUCGGUGGCGUGUCAGUGGCCGGAGCCGCAGUGCUGGUGCUACAACCGGUUGGGGAGCGACAAGGUCGGCGGCCGGUGCUGCAGCAUCUACUACACCAACAUCGGCCUGGCCCCGCUGUGGCUGGCGCUGGGUGUGCUGGUGGCGCUGCAGCGGGAGCCGGUGCGCGCGGCCAUGUGCCUGGCCUACUUCUCGGCGCACUGCGUGGUGGUGGCGUACCUCAGGCUCAAGUUCCAGCGCCUGGGCUUCCCAAUGGCCUACGACGACUCGGGGGCCACUGUGGUGCCGCUGCGGGCGGGCGAGAGCGAGCUGCCGCUGGCCUUCGUGUCCGGCGGCCCCAUGCACCUGGCCGCAGCCGCCGCAGCCGCAGCAGGCGGCCACCCGCCGCCCAGUGCCGCCUGGCCGCGCACCCAGGGCGGCCCGGGCCAGCCCCCGCACGCUCAGCACAUGGGGCGGUCCGGGCCCCCCGGCCGCGGCCCGCCCACCAUGGUGCUGGGCACUCCCGUGUACGACCUGCCGCUGCGGUACGCCGUGGUGGGGCCCCUGUGCGGCGCCGGCUGCGAGUGCCACCGCUGCGGCGCGGUGGAGCGCUGGCGGCAGGAGCAGCAGGCGGCGGAGGAGGUGGAGGCGCUGGCGCAGGCGGCGUGGGAGGCGGCGCGGCGGAGGGCAGGCGGGCGCAGCUGUGAGGCGGAGGCGGCGGGUGAAGCGGGAGAGGGCGCGGGGCCGGGUACUCCGGGUAGUGCAGGGGCGGCUGGGGCGGACAGGCUGUGGGCGCUGCGUGAAGAGGACGAGGUGACUGCUGGUGGCGGUGGCGGUGGGGUGGCGUCCGCCUCCCCGUCCGUGUCGGUGGCACGUCGCUCAGUCAGCCUGCCGCUCAGUGAGCCGCUGGAACAGGCGGCAGAGGGGGAGGAGCAGCAGGCGGGGGUGGCGGCGACGGCCGUAGCAGGAUCAGGCUCGGGAGCAGCAGGGGGCGCCACGGCGGCUGCCGGGACGGGUGGGGACCGCGGAUCCGCUGGUCCGCCCGGGCUGCGGCGGCGGUCCAGCGGCUCCAUGCGGGUGGCCGAGCAGCAGCACCAACAACAUCAACUGCAACAGCUGCAGCGCCAGUUGUCGCCGCGCACAUUUAGCGAGUAUACAUUCGCGGACGCGGCAGCCGCGGGCGGCGGCUUUGGCGGCCGCACCUGGACCGGCAAUGUGGUGCCGGCGGCGGCGGCGGCGGCGCCCAGCGCGCGGGCGGGAGCGCUGACGUCUGCGGAGGUGCUGCGGCGCGGCGGCCGGCCGCCUGCGGUGGGCGUGCCUGUGCCUCGGGCGCUGCUUCUGGUGGAGGGGGUGCCGCUGGCGGACCUGCAGCAGCAGCGCCGGUCCAUGAGGCUGGGCAGCGGCAGCAGGCCGGGCAGUGCGGCGCCGCCGCCUGGGCGGGAGGGCGCGGGGGCAGGGGGCGCGGGGGCGGGGUCAUAGUAGGCGGGCCUGAGGCGAUGGACUGGGAGCGGAUGUAUGUGUGGGGGGCUGCUUACGCAUGGAAGUGGGAGAGGGCGCAGAACGAACGAGCGGGUAGCUGCGAGUAGCACGUUGGGGGAAGAAGGCAACCAUUGUGACGAGUGCGAGCACCACCGCAAUAUGUGGUCUCAGCAGCAGCAUUGCGAGGGGGCGGGUUGGGGCAUGGGGCGUAGCAUUGCUUUCAGGCUGGCACUUGACUCUUGUGACCUGUGGGCGGUGUGUUGGACCUGCCCGUGGACCUGCCUGCGUGCGUGACGAAGUUUCUUGCAUUUUGCACCUGAACAUGUUAAUUGUUAUGUAUAUUAUACGGCUCAGUAUUAUCUUCUUACGCUCCUCCGCUCUUCUUGAAAUCAAAGCCCCGCGCCUUGUGCGGCGUGAGCGUGUGCGUGCAGGCUCUAAUCCCAGCCAAGCGCAGUAGAGUGGCGUCAGAGCGGUGGGUUUGAGGAGUUGCUGUAGACGCUGCAUGGCGCACCACCACAUGUGGCAUUCCCUUUGUUGUCAGAGCGGCGCGGUUUCGAAAAUGAAAGUGUAUAAAAGCACAAGGCAGGGUUUCCGGUCUUUCCUCUGGCUCGGGCGUCGCAUUGCAACUGUGCGGCAGCAACAUGUUACGGCACCAACAGACAUGUGGCUGGAGUAUCACGCGCCGAAA